AUUCUCUUAAUUUUAACCCCGAUAAAACCCAUUCUCGUGACUAGCGGAUCCAGUUCUCUUCGUCGACGAACAAGCAUACCGCACUCCGUCGGACGCCGUCCACCGUUGCCAGCCCUGCGUGGCUGUUAUCGGGCAAGCAGUGAAAAAGAUGAUUUGGGAGAUCUCAAAUUUAGUUGGAUAAACCGCUGCUGGUGAUCCAUGCAAGGCUGAGCAAUGUAACUGGUAUCACCUGGAUCUGGAAAGACAACUAUUAGAUAUCCUAUGACUCAGAACGCUGAUAUGAGACGUGAAUCAGGGACUUGUAAUGUUUGUUCAGCUCCUUGUUCAUCUUGUAUGCAUUUUAACCGAGCUUGCAUGGGGUCAAAGGUUGAGUUCUCUGAUGAAAAUUGCCAUUUAGCGGCGAGUAACCAGUAUUCUAUGGAAGAAGGUGAUAUAUCUUCUCUUAGGAGUAAGGCUCAUGAAAGCAUUCAGCAUACUGACAUGCUCAGCAUCAAUUCUAGUCAUGAUUCUCUAUCUGAAAAUGCUGAUAGUAAACAGACUUUGUCAAGCAAGUGUCAGGAGUCUAAGUACCUUGAAGGUCUUGAUGAUAACACUUCUUGUAUUAGUAGAGCCAGUGAUGGUAAUUUAGCAAAUAGUAGUCAUCCCAACAAUGCAGACAGAAGAAAUGUAUCUUGUAGUUCAGCUUCAGUUAAUAUCUUACGGGCAGAAGGAUUUGGAAGUGCCCAUUCUUUUGACUUGUCUGGCUUACCUGAGAUUCCUCCUCGUAAAGAUGUGGAUACUGGUGAGAGCUCACCUAAGGAGCAAAGCCAUGAUGCAAAGUCUCAAAGUGUUGAGUCUCAUUCGACCAUUCCAAGGUUAAUGGAUGUGGAAAGAGAUGCACCUUCUCUUAUUCCAGAAAAAUCUGAAUGCUUCACAGAAAAUACUGAUUCAUCAUCAAGAAAAGUGAUAGCAACUUCAGUUGUUUCUGGUGAGAAACCUCUUGCUGUAAAGGAUAAUCUCAUUGAUGGUAGCUCCACGGCUUCACUAAAAAUAUAUCCCAAGUCAGAAGCAGAUGCUGUUAAUGAAGUUGGGAGUGCUCCAGAUGAAGCUUGUAAUGUUGCAAUCCAAGAUGAGCAGGAUAAAGCUGAGGAACCACUUGAAUCACCUGGCAUGGAGGAGCCUCAAUCUGAAGACGAGAGCGAUGAAUCUGAUGUUGUUGAGCAUGAUGUUAAAGUUUGUGAUAUCUGUGGAGAUGCUGGACGGGAAGAUCUGCUUGCCAUAUGUAGUAGGUGUAGUGACGGUGCGGAACACACUUAUUGCAUGCGAGAAAUGCUUCAGAAGGUCCCUGAAGGAGACUGGCUAUGUGAAGAAUGCAAAUAUGCAGAGGCAGAAAAUCAAAGGCUCGAUGUUGAAGAAAGGAAAAUUCCAAAAGUUAGUUCAACAUCACAACAUUUUGGCAAGAGGCUGUCUGAGAAUAUAGAACUGGCUCCUGUACCAAAAAGGCAGGCUCUUGAAUCAAGCUCAGCUUCACCAAAGUCAUCAAGCCCCAAGAGAACUGUUGUACUUUCUCAAGAAUCUUCAUUAAAGAGCUCAGAUAAAGGUAAACUGAAGCCUGAUAAUCAGAUGCCUAUUCGAAAUCACUCUGGCAGUGAUAAUACAGAAACAGUUCGUUCUCCUCCUGCUUGCCCUCGGGGUCUACUUCGAAAGGGUAUGCUGUUGAAAUCUAAUUCUUUCAAUGCAUUGAAUUCAAAGCCUCGAGUCAAACCUGUUGAUGAAGUUGUUCCCCAAAAGCUGAAAGGGCCUGGUGAAAAUACUUCUAAGAAUAUGGAGACACCUUCCCGGAUGAUAGGCAAGUCUAUGUCAUUUAAAUCCACGAGUUUAGGUCGUUCAAGUACAACUGCAUCAAAAGUUAAAUUGCUUUCAUCAAAUUCUGUACCUGCUCAAGAUUUGAAAGGAACAAGGCCUGCAAAAGACUCCAGUGCAUUUGACAGGAAAAGUCUUUCUAGGGUUGAUCGCCCAGUGGUUUGCUCAACAAUGGCCACCUCUGUUGUUUCAACACCCAAAGGUGAUCUGAAGAGCACAACUCUUAGUGAAACUAUUAAACCUUUGUCAGUUAGCAACAACCGAGACUUGAAGGUGAAUCAAGAUGGAAAAUUAAGUACCUUAUCAAAGUCUAUCAGUAAUGUAGGCCGUAAAGGUGUAGAACCUCAAGUCUGUUCAGGGAGAAUAUGUACCAGUGGUGAUGAAUCUGUACAAGAUAUGCAGCCUCGAUUACGAGAAACAGCCAAUCCAGUUGAGAAAACCAGAGACAGCUCUAGUGAUCGUGUGAGAAUAGAUGCCAUUGCUACUUCCAAAGGAUGCUGUCAAAAGUGUAAGGAGUUUGGUCAUGCCACAGAAUGUUGCACAAUUGGUAAAACCCAGGAAUCUGGUAAUGAAGUUUCAUUUGCUACAACAAGUAGUUCUAUAGAGGAGAUGCAUAAAAGUGAUAAUGUGAAAGCUGCUCUCCAAGCAGCUUUGCUUAGAAUGCCUGAAAUACACAAAAAGAAAGAAGUGGCUAAUCAAAUGGAUGAGCUUGGCACAGACUUGAAAUUUGAAGCCACAGCUCAAGAACAAGUAUUGGUUUCUGGUGCACUAAAGAAUAGUAUAUCUGCUGAAGAAAUUCACAAUGGGCAGGACACUACUGAGAGCUCUGCAGCUGCGUCUUUGAAAGGUGCAUCUGAUGAAAAGCUGCUUAACUUAACUGGAAGUGAUUCUUGUUCCCAAUUAGAAAACUCAGGUGAUGUUGUUCCUUCCAUUGGAAAGAUUGCUGUGGGGGACUUUCCAAAUCAACCUUUGGCAAUCUCACGUGUCCUUUCAAAGAUGGCUGUUCCAGAAUAUGAACACAUCUGGCAGGGUAUCUUUGAGCUGCAUAGGAGUGGAAAGCCUCCUGACUUAUGUUCUGGAAUUCAAGCACAUUUGUCAACAUGUGCUUCCCUAAAGGUUCUUGAAGUGGUAAACAAAUUACCAUCCAAAAUUCCUCUCAGUGAAGUUCCUCGCGCAAGCACAUGGCCUUCACAGUUUCAUCAAGGUGGUGCUAAAGAAAAUAAUAUCGCCCUUUACUUCUUUGCUGAAGAUAUUGAAAGUCAUGAGAAACACUAUGGGGCUCUAUUGGAUCACAUGAUGAGGAAUGAUUUAGCACUUAAAGGAAUCUUUGAUGGUGUUGAACUACUCAUAUUCCCAUCCAAUCAGCUUCCUCAAAAAUCACAGCGUUGGAAUAUGUUGUUUUUCUUAUGGGGUGUGUUUAGGGGUAGAAGGAUAAAUUACUCAGAUUCUGCAGAAAAGACUUGUAUUCCUAGCUUGAAUAUGACGCCAGCUAAAAAGGAUGUUCCCACUGCCAUUAUGACUGUAUCUGAGAUCCACUGCUCACCAAAGCGAAUGGAUGAAGAGUCAAUUCCUGGUGAUAGGACAUGUAUGGUUCUCCCAUCUACUUCCCUAGACCAGAAUCGUGCUACAGUAAGUAGGAAUUUUGAUGUCAAAGAAUCUAAUCUUGACGAGACACAGUUAGGCUCACAAAUAAACAUAGAGGAACAAGAUUGUGAAUUUGACACCAAACCUACAUCAAGCAGUCUGGCUAGGGGUGCACAAUUCAGUCAAGAGUUGAAAUCUACUGGCUCAUCUAUGAAAGGUAGCUCCCCAGAACAUGGAAGAGAGUCUGAACCUUCUCCUGGAGCAAUGAGAACAAAUGCUACUAGUAGGUUUGUGGAAACAAAAGUUGAUCCUGGUAUAUCUGUUAAACAAGAGAAGUCUUUGCCUUCAGGGAUUCCUUCUCUUGGCUCUCAAGAGAUAUGUGUUGCAAGCACUGCCAGUGAGGACAAAUUUUCUGUGAGAAUGGCAGGUGAUAGUUAUCAACAGAGGCAUGAAAAGAAACAGAAAGAUAAUCAGUAUAUUGACCUUGAGACGGCUUUUCAGGGAGACCUAACUGUUGAAGGGGUUAAUCUAAUGGACACUGCUUUGCAGACUUCUGCAGUUACAUGCAAGAGACUUUGGAGCGAGGCAGAUGUCAAAUUGGAAGAUGGAGAAAAAUCUAGCAAGAAGCUGAAAACAGAUGACUGCGGAGCUUAUGGAUGUGGCAGUUCUGGAGGUAGAGAUUCUUAUAGGAACAAUUUUGCAUCACAUGCAAAUGAUCUUGGUGCUGGUUCUUCAAUUGAGGACAAAGGAUGUGAUGAAAUCUGUGAUGAGAAAAUCAUCCUGGAAGACUCGGGAAGAAUGGAAAGAACUUUCUUUCCUGUUGAUGCACGUAACGUAAAUGAUUCUCAUUUGGGGCCAAAUAGCUCGUCGUUGAAAGGGCCUCAUGUGUAUGAUGAUCAAUCUCAAGAUGAGCUACCAAAUUUAGAACUUGCUUUAGGGGGUGAAAUGAAGCCACCGCAUAAGGGAAUGCUGCCUUUCUUUGUUGGGGAAAUAGAGAAGAAGCAUGGUCAGGAAAAGCCUCCAGAUUGCUUGGCAGAUGAGCUAGAGGAUGAUGGUGAUGCUGCAUCUCUAUCUCUUUCUCUAUCGUUUCCAUCUUCAAACAAAGAACGCGUUAAAACUGUUUCGAAAGCAGAGCAGCUUUUGCCUGAUGGGCGCCAUGUGAAUACUUCGUUGCUCCUUUUCGGGAGAUUCGCGGACAAAUAAAUCUGCUGGUAAUUUAAUCAUGUACAUUACCUCCCUAGAUGCUGCGUCACAGCUAUAGCCUACAGCCCAUUGUGUAUGAUAAUAUUUGCCAGCAAGAUUAAAUAAGUUUUUCACCCCUUUUGUUUUCAUACAUGUUUUUGUUUUAGGUUUUUGGUUUCAAAAUAUGCACAGUUAACGGCUGUUUGUAUAUAGUGAGAAUUCAAGCCGAUACAAUAUGAAAAUGUUUCUAGGAAUCUGCUGCGUAGGGCUCUUUUUGCCAGUUUU